AUGGUCCCCCAAAAAGUCCAGCCCCAGCCCCGACUUGGCCCGUCGGCUGCUGGAAACGUCAGGAGCGGUGGCAGAGUCACCAUCAUCACCGCCGCCGUCAUCACCCGCCCGUGGUUCGGGGACCCAGGGCCAAGGCUUGAUCGCCGCUUCAGGACCAAGGCCGCAGUCGGAUCUCCAGUUCGUCGGCCCAUGCGACCCAACAGUGAUCGUCGCGGGAAAGUUGCGUCGGUGGCAGGCUUCUAUUGGAGGAAUAUUAAGACGUCCCUCCAACCCUGGCCGACGGGGAAAUUGCGGGGGGAAGUCGAGAUCUGUUGGACAACCCUGAAGGCGGUGGAGCCGGCUGGGGACCCAAUCCCAGCACCAUGA